AUGGACACAUCUGGAUCCCGGGCCGUCUACAGGGAUGUAAUGCUAGAGAAUUAUGGGAAUGUGAUGUUGCUGGGUAAGGAUUUUGUAGAUUCAUUUCUGUGGUACCUCAUGCUAAAAGCUGUGGAGCUCUUCAAAGAGUUAAUUAAAUUAACUCAGGAUCCAGAGCCUCCUCAGUCCUUUGAAUCUCAGAGACAAGAUGUUUUUGCUUCCUCUUAUGAGCUCAUGGGAUUUCAAGUUUCCAAACCUGAGCUGAUUUUCCAACUGGAGCAAGAGGAAGAACUGGGGCCUUAUCUACAGAGAACUAAGAAAAGAGAGGAGAUCCUGAGAGACUUCAGUAGAAGGAAACUCUUCAAAGUUAAUUUCACUGGAGAAAAACUUCAAGCCAGUAACUGUGACCCUCCUCCUGUGGAGGAAAGGAGCCUGGAAUUUUGGAGAGACUCCAUUAUGAAUUCAGACCUUAAUAUCCUUCAGGAUAAUACUGUAGGACAGCAACCCCAUAAAUGUAAUGUCUGUACCCAAAACUUCAAAUACAUUUCUGAUCUUAUUCAUCACCAGAGAAUUCAUACUAGGGAGAAACCUUAUAGGUGUGAUGAAUGUGGAAAAGGCUUUAGAAAAAGCUCACAACUUAUUCAGCAUCAUAGGAUCCAUACUGGAGAGAAACCCUAUAGUUGUGAAGAAUGUGGCAAAGCCUUUAGUCAGAGCUCUCAACUUAUUCGACAUCAGAGAACUCAUACUGGAGAAAAACCAUAUAAAUGUGGUGAAUGUUGGAAAGACUUUAGUCAGAGAGCAAAUCUUAUACAACAUCAGAGCAUUCACACUGGUGAGAAACCUUAUGAAUGUGAUGAAUGUUGUAAAGCCUUCAGUUUGAACUCACAGCUUAUUCGACAUCAACGAACUCACACUGGAGAGAAACCCCACAAAUGUGAAUGUGGGAAAGCCUUCAGCCAGAAAGGAAAUCUUAUGCAGCAUCAGAUAACUCAUACUGGAGAGAAACCUCAUGAAUGUAAUGAAUGUGGAAAAGGCUUCAGUCAGAGAGCGAACCUUAUUCAACAUCAGAGAACUCAUAGUGGAGAAAAACCCUAUGAAUGUAAUAUAUGUGGGAAAGGCUUUAGUUGGAGUUCUCGACUUAUUAGACAUCAGAGGACCCAUACCGGAGAAAAACCCUUUGUAUGUGAGGAAUGUGGCAAAGCUUUCAGUGUGAACUCAGAACUUAUGUUGCAUCAGAGAAGUCAUACUGGAGAGAAUCCUUAUAAAUGUAAUGAAUGUGGGAAGGAUUUCAGUAGGAGUUCAAAUCUUAUUCAGCAUCGAAGAAUUCACACUGGAGAAAAACCUUUCUUGUGUAAUAAAUGUGGUAAAGUCUUUAGUCAAAGAACAAAUCUCUUUAAACAUCAGAUAAUUCACUCUGGAGAAAAUUAA